UUGAGUGGGGACUCUCUUGCAUAGACCGAGACAUAUACAGCUCGACCCCCCUUUCUUAAUCUGUGUGUUCGAUAUUGGAAACAGCUUGACUUAAGCGGGGAUGUCUUUUGUAUGGAGGUAAAGCUUGACUUGGCUUUACACAAGGUAGCACCAGAUUGCCUGAUAGCAGCCCAAGUUCUCUAUUCUCUCUGCCAUUAUUUUCAGUUGCCUCUCUUUGAGUGCUAGGAGUUCAAGUUCCAUAUUCUCUCUGCCAUUAUUUUCAGUUGCCUCUCUUUGCGUGCUAGGAGUUCAAGUUCCAUAUUCUCUCUGCCGUUGUUUUUCAGUUGCCUCAUUCAAGAUGGAAGCAUACACGAUGAAAGAGUACAUUCGUCCCUCAACCAGAAUUCGUUUCCAAAACAACAAGGAAUAUCACGUGUUUCUGAGCUUCAGGGUAAAAGAUGUGAGAAAUACUCUGGUUCAUUAUCUAUAUGAAGCUCUCACUGCUGCCGGACUCCAUGUCUUUUUAGACGCCCACAAAUUGAAAAAGGGGGAAAUAAUUGGGUUGAACUUGAUAAGUGCAGUGGAGAGCAGUGCCAUUCGUAUUCCUAUAUUUUCUAGAGGCUAUGCAGCUUCUGCAUGGUGUCUCAAGGAGGCCGCCGCUAUGUUGAAAACCCCUGGCUUGAUCAUUCCUCUGUUUUAUGAUAUGGAUCCAACUAAUGUUAGAUAUCCUCUCAAAGAUUCCAGUCCGUACAAGCAAGCAUUUGUAAAACAUUAUGGCCAUUCGGAUCGAUACCCAAGAGAAGAGAUUGAGGGAUGGGAGGAUGCACUUUUACAGAUCUGCUCUCGCUCAGGGUGGUCCAUGGAUAUGACUGGCGGUUCUGAAGCGCAACUAGUAAAGAAGGUGGUGAAUGAUGUGAUUAGCACAUUCGACAGAGUGCCGUUCUUCGUUGCCAAUCACCCUGUGGGACUGGAAAGUGUGAUUGACAAUCUUAUUCAUAAAUUUAAACUCAAUUCAAAGGGAGGUGUGGUUAAAGCUGGAAUAUGGGGUAUGGGCGGUAUUGGCAAGACUGCACUCGCCAAGGCCCUCUACAACCAAGUUUCUGCUAAUUUUGACGCUGCUUCCUUUGUAUUUGAUGUCGGCACAGCUGCUGCAGAGGCCAUAGGCUUGAUAAAAUUGCAGAAGCAAAUUCUUAAAGAUUUAAUCAGCUAUGCUGGAGAAGUGAACAGUGUUGAGGAGGGCAUAUCUUUGUUCAAGCAUCAUUUUAGUCAAAAAUGCGUGCUGCUCAUUUUAGAUGAUGUGGUUAGUGUGAACCAAUUAGAUGCUUUGGUUGAGGAUUCGCUGGCCCCUGGUAGCAGAGUUAUCAUUACAACCAGGGACAGACACAUUCUCAAUUUUGCGGGAAUCUCAUCUGAAUGCAUCCACGGGAUGAGUGGAUUGGAGAUAAAUGAAAGUCUCCAUUUAUUUAGUUGGCAUGCAUUUCUGAGAACAUCUCCAAGCCCCACCCACCAGGGUCUCUCCGAAAGAAUAGUUUAUGCUUGUAAAGGACAUCCUCUUUCACUCGAAGUGAUUGGAUCGUUCUUGUAUGAUAGGAGGAAUGACCCAGAUUGCUGGAUUGAAGUCUUGGACAACAUUACUCGCCACCCAGAGAUUCAUGGAACACUCUACAUCAGUUAUAAUGCUCUUAGUGAAGAGGAAAAAGAAAUAUUUCUCGACAUCGCUUGCUUUUUCAUCGGAGAACACAAAAGGUAUCCCAUUGUUUUCUGGAAUUCGAUGUACAGGAUGGUACACACAGCUAUACAUAACCUUUCCCAGAAGUUGCUUAUAAACAUUGACGACGAAGGUGUGUUUCAUAUGCAUGACCAUUUGAGAGAUAUGGGGCAACGCAUAGCUGAAGAAGAAAGAGAGGGUACCCGACUAUGGAAUGCAUUUCAUCUAAGACGGAGAGUAUCCAAUAACAACAAUUUCUCUCGCCUUCGACUCAGUGGGAGGAAUUCACAAAGGCUUGAAACAUUGUGUGGACCUGGUCUUCGGUUUCUUCACUUGGAGAAUCUGCCCAUUGACAGUAUCACGGGAAUCAUGCUUCCUCCAGGUUUGAUAUGGUUACGGUUACAAAAUUGUGAGAAGCCAUCUAACUUCAGUCUUCGGCGUAACAUUUGGCGCUUUGCAAUACGGCGGCCAUUUAACUUCAGACUUGUGGAUAAUAUUUCGGAUUUGAGGAUACUGCAAAUAGACGGGGAUAUUUCCAACUUCCAAUAUUUACUUUAUAAUAUUCUUGGUAACUUGUCACAUUUAGAGCAUUUAGAGUUGAGAAACUUAAAAAAAUUAAAUAACUUCCCUCGUACCAUUGGCAAUCUGUCUGAGCUGAAGUGUUUAGAUUUGGAAGGGUGUGAAAAACUAAACGAGCUCCCCAAUACCAUUGGCCACCUGUCACAGCUGCAGAUUUUAAGUUUGAGAGGUUGUACAAAAUUAAGCAAGCUCCCGGAUACUAUGGGCAACCUGUCACAGCUGCAGACUUUAAGUUUGAGAGGUUGCACAAAAUUAAGCAAGCUCCUGGAUACUAUUGGCAACCUAUGUCAAUUGCAACAUUUAGAUUUGUGGUUCUGUACAGAAUUAAACUGCCUUACCGAUAAUAUAAACACCCUAUCACAGUUGGAGUAUUUAAAUUUAAGUAACUGUAAAAAAUUAAAUAACCUUACCCAUACCAUUGGCUAUUUAUCACACCUGCAGUAUUUAAAUCUGAGUGGGUCUUCAAAUUUAAAUAACCUCCCUCAUAAUAUUGGCAAUCUAUCCCAACUGCAGCAUUUAGAUUUGACUGGGUGCACAAAUUUAAACAACCUCCCCGAUUCCAUUGGCUACCUGUCACAGCUGCAACUUUUAAACUUGAGUGGGUGUAUGAAAUUAAAUAACCUCCCUUAUACCAUUGGCAAUCUAUCACAGUUGCAGCAUUUAGAUUUGAGUAAAUGUGAAUAUUUAAAUAAUCCUCCUGAUACCAUUUGCAAUCUAUCACAACUACAACAUUUGGAUUUGAGUUGGUGUAAACAUUUAUAUAAUCUUCCCGAUACCAUUGACAACCUAUCAGAGCUGCAGUAUUUAGACUUAAGGAGAUGUGAAUAUUUAAGUAACCUUCCCGAUACCAUUGGUAACCUAUCACAAUUGCAACAUUUAGAUUUGAGUAUGUGUACAAAAUUAGAUAAACUCCCUUGUACCAUUAGCAACCUUCACAGCUGCAGUUACUCUUUCGAGGGUUCACAAAAUUAAAUAACCUCCCUUGUACCAUUCGCAACCUUCAGCUGCAUUUAUUCUUUGGAGUGUGUACAAAACAAAACAAGCUGCCUCAUACUAUUUUGAAGAAAUGCACUAUCAUCGAGAGUAAAUUCAGCAUGGAUUGGUACAAAACGGACUGUAGCUGCGCCCUCGUCAGUGCUACCGACAAGAAUUUGGCCAUGAAUGAAUGAGAACGAGUCUUAUUCUUCAAGGCACUUGUGGGAAAGAGAGAUUGAAAGGUGAGAGGAUGUGUUCAAGUUUGGAAAGUUGGAAAUUAAACUUCACCUCUUUUAUGAUGUUCAACGGGUAAUGAAUUUUCUGCAGAUGAAUACUUCAUGGUUGCAAGCUUUGUUCUUCCUAUAACUUAGCUGUGUAUGCACAGCAUGCAUAAGUUAUUUCAAAGGUGAAGUUUACUUGGAUGGAUAUAGCAGGAUCCAAAAAGAAAUUCUAUUAAGGGUCUUUGGGGCAAACCAUUCCACAAGAUUGUCAACAGAAUUUUGAAAAUCUUCAUUGUUAAGACACCAGUGAAACGUCUAGGGACCUCUUCGAGGAAUGAAUUCUCUUGCUGGGAAUGAUGAUAAGUUUGACAAGAUUGCUUCUUGUCAUGCAUUCUGCAGAUGAACACGCCAUGAAAGAAAACAUUCGGAGUGCUGUACAGAAAUCUUGCAUGAAUUAUCUGUAUAAAACCCUUGUAGAUUCAAAUCUGCAGGUUGAGAUGGCUGAAUUGCAUGGAUUGAGAACAAUUCUGCAAAGAGAUGUUGCGGAGAAGUCACCAGAGUAACAACCGUAUACUAGCUUCCUUCUGUCGGUUGCUCUCUAAUUCAAAAGUAAACACAGUCAGUGUGAAUCCCAACAAGGUGUGCUCAACUUGCUUUUACAAACAAAAAUUAUAUCUGCUUCAGUAGAAACUGAAGAAAAUUCACAGGGUACUGAAUUUUCUGCAGAUGAACACUUCGUGGAUGCAAGCUUUGUUCUUCCUAUAACUGAUCUUUGUAUGCACUGCAUGCAUAAAUCAUUUCGAAGUGCUGAAUCUGUUUUUCCAAGAUACAGUGUUGUAAUCGGUUCUUCAUUACGAAAAGCUGAGAGACUUGCUUGUCAGCUAAGCUCUGAGAUAUUUUGAUGGAAUGAUGCAUUGAGAACAAUGAUGCAAAGAGAUGUUGUGGAGAAGUUGCACACAAGCUUGCUUCUGAUGUUUUCUCUCUGAUUCAAAAUUCAAAACAGAAGCCAGUGUGAAUCCCAACAAGAUGUGCUCAACUUGCUUUUACAAAGCAAUAAUCAUACCUGCCUCGGUAGAAACUGAAGAAAAUUCACAGAUCAUGUGUCCUAAGCGUUGCUUUGAUGGGCACAUGCUGCAUCUAAUAGUAGUUCUUCAAUUGCUGAAGAGAUCACGUCAAGUUUGGCAACUACUCUCUGCCUGUUCCAUUACCUGCUUCAAAACUGGCUGUGAAUCAUCAGCAGCUAAAACAGAGAUGCCUUCACAGCUGAACUAUAUCAUGUCCAACUCCCAUAUGGUAAAACCAACCUGGAGAAUGUAGAAGAUGAUGAUUGGGACUGUCCACCGCAGUAAAUUCUGAAGGCAUACAUUGGCAUGAAUCAAUUUCAGAAGAUUCUUGCAAACAGGGAAUCGAUUUCCCAACUAAAGAUUGAUGAAUUUUAAUCAUUUCUGGAUCUCAAUUGCUUAUAGAUUCAACUUUAACAGGGGAAAUCCUAUAAGAUAGACAUGUAAACUCACUUUCUGUAGCUUUUGAAGAACAUGUAACUGAGCAGAAAGAGAAUCUCCAAGAAGAUGAAAUAAAAUAAAUCAAGUGAAAAUGGCAGCCACAAGGAUGAUAGAGAUUAAGCUUGGUGGAGGAUCUUUCUUCAUUCCAUUCCUAAUGGCGAGAUAGCUGAUGACCUACACAUCAACUUCUGAAGUCCAGUCCAUACGAGCAAACAGAAGCAAAACCUCAAAAAUCAAAUGUCUUGUCAUCGCAGAGGCUUCGCAAUCCCUUGGCAUGAUCAAACCAGGCGAUUUAGCCAUAACCUUGGUAGAUGGCAUUGUAUUUUUGUAAAAAAUAUGGUCAUUCAAAAAUUUGUUCUGUAAUUCUUAAUUGGAGUCAAAACCCUGUUGUGGAACUCCACAUAUUUGCCAUUAAUAAUUAAUAUCAUUUUGUUGGUAUUAUUUGGUAAAUUGUAUAUCUAUGUCAUUUUGUUUUGAGUCUAUUUAGGUGAUGUAUGAAUAUA